CUCGCGAGAUAUUACGAGAUUGGUAUCUUCCGGUUUCCACUCAUCGUAUUGCCUUUGUAAAAUUGGUUGGUUCAUCCUACAAAACCAUGCCAAGAAAAAGACAUGACAGUGAUGAGAGCAGCAGUUCAGAUUCAUCUUCUUCAGAAGAUUCUUCUGACUCUUCCCCACACCCCCGUAGUUCUCAUAAAAUUUCAAAAUCAGCUUCCAAUGUAAAGUCAAGCCCACCAGAAAAUGUGAAAUCUUCAGAGAACAAAAAUGCUCAUCAUUCAGGCAGUUCUACCAAAUCAUCUUCCAGUCGAGCAAGAGAUUCAGGGAGCAGGCCUUCAUCACAACAUGGAGAAAAAAGUAGGAGACAGGAGGAUUCAGGGAAAGAAAGUGGUAGAGAAAGAAACAGAAGAGAGGAUGAACAUCAUAGUAGUCGAGAGGUAGUGAGUAAAAGAGAGAACAGAGAUGAUCACAGAGAAAAAAGAUCAGAUCGAGGAGAAGAGUACAGACACAAUAGAAGAGAUGACAGGUACAGCCAUAGAAGAGAUCGUGAUGAGCCAUACAGAGAGUCUCGCUCAGAUAGGGGGCGCCGUUCUGUUGAUAGAAAAGAUAAUAGACGAGAAGAAAAUACAAGAAAUAAUGAGGCUGUGAGAGAGAGUGAACGAGAAGCUGAGAAACAAAAAGAGAGAAAAACAACUCGUCAAAGCUCAAGAGAGAAAGGGGAUAUUGAGAAGAAUAAAACAGAAAAAGUCGUCUCUAGAAAAGAUGCAGCUCAACCUGGUAAAGACAAGAACUCCAGGACCAGAGAAGAGACUUCCAAGAGCAGCAAGAAGGAAGUGAAAGAAAGGAAAACCUCAACCAGUAGCAGUAGUGAGGACAGUGACAGCUCUGAUGAUUCUGACAGUGGUAGGGACAGUAAACAGACAAAAGCUGAGGUAGAGAGUGACUUCAAGCGGAAAGAACAAUCAGUGGCGCUGACCAAGAAAAAAGACAAGCAGUCAAAAGAAAGUUCUGAUGAUGAUGAUGAUGAUUCAGAAGAUGAGGAUAGAACAAUCAGAGUUGUCACUAGUGUGUCUAAAAAUGCUAAAAAAAACACAGAUGAAUCUGAGACUUUUGAAAGUGUUGAUGCUGCUGCGAGUAAAAAUGCUAGAGAGAGUGGUAAAGAAAACAAGAGCCCGGUGACCAAACGUAGUGAGGAACCCAAGGAGAAGCUUGGUGACACACCUGAAAAGGUCAAUAAAACAGAUGCUGCAGGCCACAGUGAUGAUGAUGAAGAUGAUGAUGGUGGAGAGAAAGAAGAAGGUGAACUAUCAGAAGAAGAGGAGGAUCCUUCAUUAGUCAAACCAAUCAUAGCACUCAGUGAGGAUAUAUCAGAUAUCAGCAGUGAAGAUGGUCAUGAUGUUAGUGUAGUUGUGAAACAGGAACUUGUGGAGCCACCCCACACCCCUCCAGCCCCAGUCACAACCUCUGAAUCUGAGGAGGAAGAGGAUAAGUCCACGUCAAAACAAGCAUUAGAAAAAACAGGUACAGAGAAACCAGCUCCUGCUGGUGCAAUGUUAAGGACAGACAGUCAUGAUUUCAGUGAUAAGGAUGUUGAUGAAACAGAGGAUUAUAGCUUAAGAAAAAGACCUGUAUUAGAGAGUGACAGUGAGGAUGAAGAUAGCAGGGCGGUGCUGAGGAGCCAUGUUGGUAGCUCAGUGUCUCUGGUGAAAAAAGAAAAUGAUAGACGAGAGGCCAAGCGCAGAUCUGUGGAGAGGCAGAGACGAGAUGAUGGCAGGGGCAGCUAUAGAAAUGACAUGAGAACACGGCGUGAUCACUUUGACAGGCGAGGGGAUGAUGAUGAUAGAAGGCAGAGGCGUGUUGUCAAUGAUGAUGAUGAUAGAAGGCAGAGGCGUGUUGUCAAUGAUGAUGACAAAAGAAGAAAAGUUGAUGCAGAUGACAAGAAAGACGCAAGUACUAUGGAUAAAUCAAAAGAGGCAGCAGAGUCAGGUAAGAAAGCAGAAGUGGACAUAACAACACGGACAGGUGGUGCUUACAUCCCACCUGCUAAGCUGCGAAUGAUGCAGGAGGCAAUUACCGAUAAGACCAGUGUUGCCUAUCAGAGGAUGUCAUGGGAGGCGUUGAAGAAAAGCAUCAAUGGUCUUAUCAACAAGGUUAACGUUUCCAACCUUAUCAACAUUAUUAAAGAACUUUUCCAGGAAAAUAUUGUGCGUGGGCGGGGUCUGUUGGCUCGAUCUGUGAUCCAGGCCCAGGCGGCCUCACCAACAUUUACCCAUGUUUAUGCUGCUUUAGUGGCCAUCAUCAAUACCAAGUUUCCACAAAAUGGAGAGCUAAUUCUACGUCGCCUGAUCUUGAUGUUCCGACGCGGUUACCGCAGGAAUGACAAGAGCAUUUGCUUGUCAGCCACCAGAUUCAUUGCUCAUCUGGUCAACCAACAAGUGGCCCAUGAAGUGUUGGCGCUUGAAAUCCUAACCCUCCUACUGGAAACACCAACGGAUGAUUCUGUGGAAGUGGCCAUUGGUUUUCUCAAAGAAUGUGGACAAAAGCUGACUGAAGUUUCACCUCGUGGAGUCAACUCAAUAUUUGAACGCCUGCGCAACACCCUGCACGAGGGUGUACUAGAUGUCAGAGUUCAGUAUAUGGUGGAAGUCAUGUUUGCCAUACGUAAAGAUGGCUUCAAGGACCACCCAGCUGUGUUGGCUGAGCUAGAUCUGGUGGAGGAGGAGGAGCAGUUCACACAUUUACUGCAGCUGGAGGACGCUGUCACAGGGGAUGAGAUGCUCAAUAUUUUCAAGGAAGAUCCUAACUUUGCUGAAAGUGAAGAAAAAUAUAAGGCAUUGAAGAAAGAGAUUCUGGAUGAAGAAAGCUCUGGCGAGGAAUCUGAUGAAUCUUCAGGCUCUGGGUCCUCAGACAGUGAAGAUGAUGAAGAGGCCCAAGAAAAGUUAAAUGCAGAACAACAGACCAUCAUUGACCAAACAGAAACCAAUCUCAUUGCCUUGCGCAGGACAAUUUAUCUGACUGUUCAGUCCAGUUUGGACCAUAAUGAAUGUGCACACAAAAUGUUGAAGAUGGAUCUCAAGCCUGGGCAAGAGAUUGAGCUAUGCAACAUGAUCUUGGAUUGCUGCGCACAGCUAAGAACUUAUGAAAAGUUUUUUGGUCUCCUGGCACAGAGGUUCUGUCAGAUAGACAAGAAAUACAUCGACCCAUUCCAGCAAAUCUUUGUAGACCAGUACCAGACCAUCCAUAGGCUGGAGACCAACAAGCUGAGGAAUGUGGCCAAAUUCUUUGCACAUUUGCUCUACACUGAUGCUAUUUCAUGGGGUGUUCUGAGUGUUAUAAAACUUACUGUAGAGGACACCACAUCAGCCAGUCGCAUAUUCUUAAAGAUUUUAUUUCAAGAGCUCUCGGAGUUUAUGGGUUUGUUUAAGCUGAACGAGAGAUUAAAAGACCCAACACUGUCUCCAUUUUUUGCUGGCAUCAUGCCACGAGACAACCCCAAGAACACCAGGUUCUCCAUCAACUUCUUCACCACCAUUGGACUUGGUGGACUCACGGAUGAUCUGAGAGAACAUUUGAAGGUAGUCACAAAACACAACGUACAGCAGAAACAGGAGGAGGAGGAGGCAGACAGCAGUUCAUCCUCAGACAGCUCCGACAGCUCUGACUCUUCAGAUUCUGAUUCAUCAUCUGAUUCUGACUCAGAGCCAAAAGCCAAGAAAAAGAAAAGCAACCCUAAAGUCCAAGCUAAAAACUCUGAGAAAAAGGGUGCGUCUGGCAGUAAAGAGAAACAGGUGAAUGGCAAGAGAAAGUCUCCUGAGGCUGGCAGGAAAACUAUAGCUGAUAGACUGCUGGAUAUGGCUCAGUAUGGCAAUGUGGGACAUAAGGGAAGGACUGAGGGGGAGGAGAACACACAAGGGAAGGACAAGAGGAAUAAAAAGGAUGGGAGUAGCAAGAGUAAGGGAGGUAAAGAGAACUCUGUCAGGGAGGAGAAGAGAAGUGAUAGGGAGAGGGGAGAAUCUGAACACAGCAAGGGGCGGGGAGAUAUGAGGAAUGGGGAGGGUAAGGAGAGAACAAGAGAUGGAAGCAAAGGAAGGGAGAAGAACAUUAGAGCUGGGAGCAGGGAGAGAGAGAAUAAAAGUAGAGGUAAGGAUGCUGAGGGGAGGUACAGGGAUAGGAGUAGAGAUGAUGAUGAAAUCAGUCGCGGUAAAGGUGGUAGGGAUAGGGAUGAUGAAAUCACCCGCAGUAAAGGUAGGGAUAGGGAUAAUGAUGAAAUCAGCCGCAGUAAAGGUGGUAGGGAUAGGGAUAAUGAUGAAAUCAGUCGCAGUAAAGGUGGUAGGGAUAGGGAUAAUGAUGAAAUCAGCCGCAGUAAAGGUGGUAGGGAUAGGGAUAAUGAUGAAAUCAGUCGCAGUAAAGGUGGUAGGGAUAGGGAUAAUGAUGAAAUCAGUCGCAGUAAAGGUGGUAGGGAUAAGAACAGAGAUAAUGAAUUUAGUCGACCCAAAGGCAAAGAUAACAGAAGAAAUAAAGAGAGUGAUGAUGAUGAAGAAGAAGAUAGGAUUGUUAGAACCAAAGUCAGAGACAAUAAAGAAAGUGAUAGAGGUAAAAAGAGAACCAAUGAUAGGGACAGCAGAGACCGGGGUAGGGACAUGGUCAAGAAGACCAAGAAAGAUAAGAGAAAUGUGUCAGAGAGUUCUGACAGUGAGGAUGAAGACAGAAAUAAGAAAAGAAAAAGGAAAUUGGGCAGCAGUGUGGAGGAAAUAACUGAGAAAAAAAGAAGACGUCCCAGGACCCCAUCAGAUUCUAGUUCCUCAUCAGAUUCAGACGAGGAGGAAAUCCAAGAGAGGAGAAUCAUCAAAAAAGAGAGAGUGAAGGAGGAUAGGCGUGAGAGGAGGAGAGUGUGAAUGUUAGGCUAGAACUUUUUUAUGCUGGGGAUGUGUGACUGCAUGCGUCUACACAUCAUCAGUUCUAACUGCUGUGUAAAUACAAGUGGACUGAAAGAUUGGCUCCUUUCUAAUGAAAUUGUGUUGAAAACCAUGAGUAUUUUUGUCCAUCUAAUAUAAGGCAACUGUUAAACACUGCUCAAUCAGCCCAGCAUCAUAUGCAGUAGGAUAGCUGAGAGAAUGGUUGAGGUGAAUGGACAAUUUCUUCUGUCCACCAGAUUUUCUGAUAGUCUUGUAAGGAGCUGGUGGAUGCAGACUGGCCAUGUAAAUAGGUUUGAUGAGCUGUUGUUUGAAUGUAUUUUGUUACCUUGAACUAAGCAGGCUACACUGAUGUCUACACCCAACCCUGACUGUGUGAGUGAAUGAGAGUUUGUACUUGAUCAAACCAAUUUUUAACAUGUUUGUGUAAAAAUAAUGUUUGUAAUAAAUAAAAAUAAAUGAUUAUACCAAGAGCCUUGGAG